AUGUCUGGUGACCCUUGGGGGAUGAGCGACCCUUGGGGGAUGAGCGACCCUGCCGACGCCGUCGGCGGCCUCACUCUCGGUCCGAAGCACCCACCCUCCUUCCAAAUGGUGAAGGCUCAGAAGGACGAUUUUGUCAUUACCGAGGCUGUUUUCGACACCGCUCCUGGCUAUCAUGAGGAGGAUUAUGUUGGCUCCCACCGCUGGCUCGAGCACUGGUUCCCGUUCAACCCUGAACUCGUGACAAUCUCGGUCGGGGAUGGCAAAAGUAGUUGCGAAUUCUCCAUUGCACGCACAAUCUUGGUGGAGAACUUCGGCUACUUUGCGACUGCUUUUAACGCCGGCUUGAAGGAGGCUGUCGAGCGAAAGUUCAUCAUCGCCCCGAAGGAGAUUGGCGCCUUUGGCCUCAUGAUGUCUUUCCUCAUGACCGGAACGUUCCCACAGCACCCCGACGAGCUAAUUCACACGACCCAUGCAAUCAUCCGCGACUCCAUCAUCGCCUACCGUCAGUCGGACUACUUGAAGCUUAAAUGCAUGGAGCGCUUCAACCGCGCCAUUUGCCUCCGUCUCCGACAGGUGCUUCUUGCCAACCGUGGAGCCCUCAGAGCGGCUCAUGUUGGACAGCUCUACAAUUUUGUCCGCGACGCUCCGUCCCGCGACUACUAUAAGGACCUUGUCAACGUCUUCGCUCAGGCCGCGGUCAAGCCUUGCCUUCACGGAUGGAUGGUAGGAGCCCAGUCGUCGUCUGUCUCCUGCUCCGUAGCUUUCGACGAGCACUGUGGAAAGGACCCCAAGGAAUGGGUAAAGGUUGUCGACCACUACGUCUUCAUGGUUAAGAAUCACAACUUCUUCGCAAGAGAUGUCCAGGCCCAGAUGAUGAAGACCAUGGCCACGGGUCGACGCCUCAACCGAGUCAUCCCUGCGCAGGAAGGUGUGAAUAAGAAGAUCCACAACAUGCCCGCUGGCGUUGACUACGUCACUUACCGAGACCCGCUUCCCGAGGGAAAGGCUCAGAUCUUCACCAUCUGA